CGCAGCACCAACCCUCAACAAGGGCUCGAAUUGAAAAGAAGACUGAGCGAUGGCAGCGACAACAGAGAGACAGGUCCGGAUCUCGCGCGUGGCGGGCCGGUACCUGGUUUUCGACAUUGAUGAUGUCGUCUACAUCCGCCGACAUCACGGUAUCUGCGCUGUCCUAACGGGCACCAUGCCACAGAAUCCAACCCAGAACCUCUUUCUCGGCUUACCCGUCGAGCUUCAUGCUGAAGAGGCUCAGCUGCUCGUGGAAAAGGGCGCUGGAUACAUCGCCGACGAGCUGACGGACCACUUGUCGCAGCUGACCACCAGGGACGAGUCCACCCGAAAGGCGUACCUCCAGCAUCUCAAGCAGCAGCGCCGAAACGCGCAGCAGGUUUUUGACGAGGAGAAGGCGAAAGUGCAGGCCAAGCAUCAGGGCAAGCACAAGGCAAAGCUGCCCGCAGCCUCUUCCCCGGAUGCUCCCGCAGCAGCUUCAGCGACUGAAAACGAGGACCCAUCCUCAUCCGCCCUGUUUAGUACUACCACCUCUACGUCAGGCUCAAGGCAAGAAAAGAAAGACACCUUGCUCCUAGGCGUGACACCUACAACGAGCCUUCCCCUCCUCCCCGCCGCUGCCCCUCGCAGCAGCGCACCUGUAGACCCCUCCACCACCACCAAAUUGCCCUUUUACAGAUACCUCAACUCGCGGGGCUACUACACCACCCCCGGCCUCCGCUUCGGCGGCGACUUUAGCGUGUACCCGGGCGACCCUUUUCGGUACCACGCUCACUAUCUGGCCAACAGUUACGGCUGGGACGAGCCAGUGGCCAUGCUCGACCUGGUGACGAGCGGACGGCUGGGUACGGCGGUGAAGAAGAGUUUCUUGUUUGGAGCGGAAAAGCCACCUGCUGUUGCGGGUGAGGACGGCGGUGUUGAAGGGGGGGAUGAGAAAGGGAAAGGGGAGAGAGAAGUGAGGGUAUUUUGUAUCGAGUGGGCUGGUAUGUAGUUCACCCCUAGCGUAGCAGAGGGGAGAUUGUUUCUUUUGGGGGGGGGAAGGAGGGGGGCCCGACCGCAGUCAGUACAUACAUGAUACCCAUACUUCCAUGCGAAUCCCACAGUCUUGCCUGCGA